AGUGGGUUUAGUUCGAGUCUGGGAGGUGCUGCGAGAGGUGUUCCCAAACAGUGUACAUUUCCAUUUCCAUUUUACGUAACAGACAUGGCGUUGGUUUGCGUGGAGGACUUUGAGAAAAAGGCCGCUGGCCAGCUGGAAAAGAAUGCCCUGGACUACUACCGCAGCGGAGCCGGUGAGCAGUUCACCUUGGGACUGAAUCGCGAGGCUUUUCGCCGGCUGCGUCUCCGUCCGCGUUGCCUGAGGGAUGUCUCCCGCUUGGACAUUGGCUGCCAGAUCCUCGGGGAGCAGAUGAAGUGGCCGUUGGGCAUAGCCCCCACUGCCAUGCAAAAGAUGGCACAUCCGGAUGGAGAAGUGGGCAAUGCCAGGGCGGCGGGAAAAGCUGGCUCCAUCUUUAUACUAAGCACGCUGUCCACCACUUCGCUGGAGGAUUUGGCAGCCGGUGCCCCUGACACAAUCAAGUGGUUCCAGCUAUACAUCUACAAGGAUCGUACCAUAACAGAAAAACUGGUGCGCCGUGCCGAAAAGGCCAACUUCAGGGCACUUGUCCUCACCAUCGAUGCCCCCAUCUUUGGUCACCGACGUGCCGAUGUGCGCAACAACUUCAGCCUGCCGUCGCACCUAAGUCUGGCCAAUUUCCAGGGCGUGAAGGCCACUGGAGUGGGCAAUGCCACCAUGGGCGCCUCGGGCAUCAACGAGUAUGUGUCCAGCCAGUUUGAUGCCACCAUCUCCUGGAAAGAUAUUGCCUGGCUGAAAAGCAUCACUCAUCUGCCCAUUGUGGUGAAGGGAGUUCUGACUGCCGAAGAUGCUGUGUUGGCCAGGGAGUUCGGAUGCGCCGGACUCAUCGUUUCCAACCACGGAGCACGUCAGAUCGACACUGUUCCCGCCUCGAUCGAGGCUCUCCCGGAGAUAGUAAAAGCCGUAGGCGAGGAUCUGGUGGUCAUGCUGGACGGAGGCAUCAUGCAGGGCAAUGAUAUCUUCAAGGCUUUGGCUCUCGGAGCGAAGACCGUCUUCGUAGGUCGUCCGGCUGUCUGGGGACUGGCCUACAACGGCCAGAAGGGCGUGGAGGAGAUGCUUAGUGUGCUGCGAAAGGACUUUGAGAUCACCAUGGCGUUGAUCGGCUGCCGAACCCUGAAGGAUAUUACCCCAUCGAUGGUGGUGCAUGAGAGCCAAUAUUCCAAGCUAUAAACCCCAAACCCCUUAGGAUAUAUGCAUUUAUCUUAUUAUACUUUCUGUUAUAACCCAAAUGAAACCGUCAAUAAAGAUAAACUAAAUAACAA